UACUCGUGAACUUGAAUACCAUUCUUCCGCUGCCUUUACGUAUACGUGAUAUCGUGAAUUUUCUGGUAAACUUGUUUUUCUUUUUCCUUUUUUUUUUGCUUGGAGAGAUUUUAGAUUUCGACUUUAACACCAUUUGUAGGGAUUUUGUUUCUUGUUUCGAGCUCCCAUUUGGGCAUUGAUUCCGUGGGUAGUGGAAAAAUCGAUUCUUUGAUUGGAAUUGCUUGAGUGUUUUCUUUUCCAAGUUGCCUUCUUGCUUAGUGUCCUGGAAAUUUUAGUUGAAAAACCGAUUCUUUGAUCCAGGGAUCUCUUUGCCUGUUGUUCUAUGGUUAUUGAGAAUUUCCGGGUCCAUAUUCCUGUUCUAGUCUGGGCGGAAUCUCCAUUAUUCUAGUCUAGAAUAGAAAAAAAGGUUAGAUUUUCUUUCCCCAAAACCUUCUAACUUAAGAUUUCAGCUUAAGAUAAUCUAUACUGAAGCAUUUAUUUGGCAGAUGCUUUGAUUAUUAGUUCUUAAUUGUGUUCUUAAGUAUCCAUUUCUGACUUUCAGAGAUAACCAUUUGUCCUCAUACUUUACUAUUCCUUAAUUCUUGGAGCUUGUGUAAGCUCUACUGCAGACAACUGUCCUGUUUUGGUCUAAGUUAUUGUUGAAUAGUUGUGAAUUGUGAUCCUCUCUUGAUAGAUAAACCCAUAGGAAAAUAGGAUUGAUCCCUUUGUCCUAAGGCAUGGAUAUUAGCAACGAGGCUAGUGUUGAGUUCUCCAAAAUCGGGCCUUCGUCGAUUGUGGGCAGGACGAUUGCUUUCAGAAUUUUAUUCUGCAAGUCAUUUUUACAAUUUAGGUUUCAUAUUUAUCACUUCGUGCGGUACUACUUGUCUAAGGCUAAGAAUGGUUACGUGGCACCUUUGGUAUCGUGGUUCCAUCCCCGAAAUCCACAAGGGAUAUUAGCAUUGGUGACACUCAUUGCUUUCUUGUUGAAACGAUACACCAACUUAAAAGGGAAAGCUGAGAUGGCGUAUAGGAGGAAAUUUUGGAGGAACAUGAUGGCAUCUGCCCUGAUCUAUGAGGAAUGGGCUCAUGCUGCGAAGAUGUUGGACAGGGAAACCGUUAAAGUGAACGAGGCUGACCUUUAUGAUGUCGAACUCGUUAGAAAUAAGCUCCAUGAGCUUCAGCAGCGUCGCCAGGAGGGGUCUCUUCGAGAUAUUAUAUUCUGUAUGCGAGCUGACCUUGUCAGGAAUCUUGGCAACAUGUGCAACCCGAAGCUACACAAGGGGAGGCUACAUGUUCCGAAACUUAUUAAGGAAUAUAUUGAUGAAGUUUCGACUCAGUUGAGAAUGGUGUGUGAUUCUGAUUCGGAGGAGCUUUUGUUGGAGGAGAAGCUAGCUUUCAUGCACGAAACAAGACAUGCCUUUGGCAGGACGGCUUUGCUUUUAAGUGGAGGCGCUUCUCUAGGAGCUUUUCAUGUUGGUGUAGUGAAGACAUUGGUAGAGCACAAGCUUUUGCCUCGGAUAAUUGCUGGGUCGAGUGUUGGAUCCAUCAUCUGUUCGAUUAUAGCCACUAGGUCUUGGCCCGAGCUCCAAAGCUUUUUUGAUCAUUCAUGGAACUCGCUGCAAUUUUUUGAAGAAAUGGGUGGGAUUUUAACGGUUUUUAAGAGGGUGAUGACAUAUCGUGCUGUUCAUGAGAUCAGACAGUUGCAGUUGAUGCUGCGCGAUCUCACUAAUGACAUGACUUUCCAAGAAGCUUAUGAUAUGACUGGUCGGAUUUUAGCCAUUACGGUUUGCUCUCCAAGGAAGCAUGAACCCCCCAGAUGCCUAAAUUACUUGACGUCACCUCAUGUUGUUAUAUGGAGCGCUGUCACUGCUUCUUGUGCCUUUCCUGGCCUUUUUGAAGCCCAAGAACUCAUGGCAAAAGAUCGACAUGGAGAUAUUGUUCCUUACCAUCCUCCUUUUCAUUUGGGACCCGACGAGGCUUCUAGUGCUCGUAGAUGGAGGGAUGGUAGCUUGGAGAUUGAUUUACCUAUGAUGCAGUUAAAGGAGCUCUUCAACGUUAAUCACUUUAUUGUGAGUCAAGCAAAUCCACAUAUCGCACCUUUACUGAGGAUGAAGGAGUUUGUGAGAGCUUAUGGAGGGCAUUUUGCUGCCAAGAUUGCUCAUUUAGUCGAGAUGGAGGUGAAACACAGAUGCAAUCAGAUAUUGGAACUUGGAUUUCCCCUUGGCGGACUAGCCAAGUUGUUUGCUCAAGAAUGGGAGGGCGAUGUGACAGUUGUGAUGCCUGCAACUCUGGCUCAGUACUUGAAAAUAAUACAAAAUCCUUCUACGGUGGAGAUUCAGAAGGCGUCGAACCAAGGAAGGAGGUGUACGUGGGAGAAGCUCUCAGCCAUAAAAGCGAAUUGCGGGAUCGAGCUUGCUCUCGACGAGUGUGUUGCGAUACUCAACCACAUGCGUCGACUCAAAAGGAGUGCCGAGAGAGCGGCAGCUGCUUCUUCUUCGUCAUACGGCUUUUCUAGCACGCUCAGAUCCAAUGGUUCCAAAAGAAUCCCUUCCUGGAACUGCAUUGCUCGCGAGAAUUCAACGGGAUCCCUCGAAGAUUACCUCCACGCUGAUGGAGGCGGCGGGGCGUCCACAGCACACGCUACUCGAGCUAGGCGGGCCCACAGGAACUUGCACGAUGCCAGCGACAGCGAGUCCGAAAGCGAUCUUACCUCCUGGACGAGGUCCGGGGGGCCUCUGAUGAGGACAACAUCAGCGGAUAAGUUUGUCGAGUUUGUCCAGAGUUUGGACACCGGGUUUCGGUUGAACAAAGGAUUGACGAUCGACCCCAACAACGUUGUUGCAACAACAGCCAGCAGAGAAACGUUCUCCCCGAGUCCGAGGGUGACAACGCCAGAUAGAAACUCGGAUUCGGAUUUCAGCCACCGCUUCCCCAGGACUAGUUCGAGCAGCAUCGUGGUGGCAGAAGGCGACCUCCUGCACGCCGAGAGGGUCCAGAACGGGAUCGUUUUUAACGUCGUAAAGAAAGAAGACUUAACCCCAUCAAACAGGAGCCAUGACUCUGAAAACAAUUCUUCUGUGCAUGAUGACCCUGUUGCUGAAUGUGUCCAUAUUGACAGCCCAGAAAAAGAAAUGGAUACUAGCUCAGUAUCUGAAGAUGGUGAUCAUGAUAACCUUCAGUGAUUCUUUGCAUAUUAGCUGAAUUUAGAUUAUAAUGGAGGUUAGAACAGCAAUAUUGGGCUUUCCUCAAGAACAGUACUGAUUAUGGGUCUUAUUACAUUCUUGAUUUCUUGUAUAAAAGCUGUUCAUGUACAGUAGUAGUUUGUCUAGUCUUAAAAGUUGUAUUCUUCCCAACAUGAAUAUUAAAUACAA